AUGCUGACAUCAGCCCCCCUUGGCGGUGUGGCUUGGCGCUCCCGUGGCACGCGAGGCGCGACAAUCACCCAGAAGCAGCAGCUGCCAACGCGAGAACAGAGCGCCCGACAGGACACUGGCAGCACAGAUCGCGACAUCAGCAGCAGCAGCACCAGCACCACCGUCCACAGCGAAUCCACACGCCCUGACGAAGAAGAAGAAGAAAAAGUAGAAGGAGAAGAUUCUAAAGAAGAAGAAGAGGAAGUCUCUAACUUUGACUCCACAAUGCCUCCUUUCCGCGAUGACCACAUUCUCAUAAUAUACCCCGGCUCGCAGACCACCCUUGCACAGCUCGGGCUGCCCGAAUCCUUCACCCCCGCAAAGGUGCGGAUACCCAGUCGCAUGUUCCCCGGCAUCGAGGAGGGCACAUGGACAGCGACAAAGAUCCGUGAAGCGCGCGAGGGCGAGAAGGAGGAUCUCAUCGCCAAGCAGAAGGCCGCAAUGGGGUCGAUUCCCGAGGACGACGAGGGCGAUGACGACGAGGACGACGACGUCGAUGAGGAGAUGGACGAUGGCACAGAGACGAAGGCGACGUCGGUCGAUGGUGCCGCAACAGAGGGGAUUGCCACCGUGGCAAAGGACACUCCUACAGAGGGCGCGCCCCCCGCGACAGAGACAUCGACAUCGGUGCCAAAGAAGGAGGAGUCGGCGACGCCAAAGAAGACAGAUGCCGCUGCAGUUGAGGGGGAGGAGGCUGAGGUGGAGGGCGACGAGGAUGAGGAUGAGGACAUGGGCGAGGACGGGGUCUAUGUCGAGGAUGAAGACGAUGAGGAGGGCGCAGUCUGGUGCAUGAAGGAGGGGAAAGUGGUCGAUUGGGGGUGUUUCUUUGCGCUCUUACAACAUGUCCACGAGACCAUCAACCCCACAUUCCACACACCCAUCCUCAUGCUCUACCCCCCCAACUUUGACGACCGCGACAAAGAGCUCCUCACCCAGUUUGUCUUUGAGAAGCUCAAGGCCCCCGGCUUCGCCAUCAUGGACGCCUCCCUUGCCGUCCUCUGGGCCUACGGAGUCUCCACCGCCACCGUCGUCGAUGUUGGCUACGAAAAGACCGACAUCACCCCCGUCGUCGAUUUCAUUGUGCAGGAGCGGGCCCGCACGACUGUCUCUGGCUGGGGCGGCGACUCCAUGACGAAGCACCUUGCGAAGCUGCUCCCACACAUGAAGGCCGAAGAGGUCGAGCAGCUGAAACGCUCCCCCAUCUGCGAGAUCCUGUCCUCGGGCACCGUUCUGCCGACAGCUGGCUCUGUCAAUGCGGCCAUCGCGGCGGGCGAGAAGAACAGGAAGGUGACAGAUCUCGACAACAUGGAUCUCGACGUCGAGGACGAGGACGGGAGCUUCAACGUUGCUGCCAUCGUCGCCUCCGGAAAGACGCGCGAGUUUCUGGCCAAGAAGGAGAAGGAGAAGCGCGGAGAGUUUGAGAGGAGACUCCCAAACAGGGAGAGGGAGCACAACACCUUCUGGCUGGUUGAGAAGAAGAAGCCUGGUGAGGAGGGUGUGGUCAUCAUCGAGGAACCUCUGUCGGCCGUCGCUACCACGGCGCCGUUGCUGCCGCUCCCCGAGAAAGCCGUGGAGCCUGCUGCACCAGCUCCCGCGGAACCGGAGGUGCCAGCUGCAGAGCCCGCGACCGCGACUGCGAGCGCGGCCGAGGGGGAGGAUAAGCCUAUUACGGAUGCACCCCCUGCAGCGCCUGCCGCAGACGCAGCUGCACCUGCCGAGGGAGCUCCUGCAGCACCCCAAGAAGCAAGCGCGACUGCCCCCGCUGCCGCCACUGCAGCCCCCGCUGAAGAUGAUGCCGAGCGCAAAAACAAGGAAAAGGAAAAGCGCAAGGAGGAGCGGAGAGCCGCAGCCGGUGGACUCCCACCACUCGCUGAGGACGAGCAGUACCGCGAGGUCGAGGUCGGCAUCGAACGUUUCCAGGCCGCCGAAUGUGGCAUCCUCCACGAGAUUGCCGACAACCUCUGGCGCGUCAUGUCAAGAGUCGAAGACGUCUCUACACGGUCUGAGCUCUGGCAGAGCCUGAUUGUGGUGGGCAACGGAUCCAAAGUCAGAGGUUUCAAGGACGCCCUCCUGUCCACCAUUCAGGGAAAAUACCACAUCUCCCCCUCCUCAAACACCAUCUUCACCUCCGAGCUUCCCUCCGGCCUCUCGACCCCCAUGGCCACCGGUGCGUCCACCCCCAAUCCCCAAAACCCCAUGGGAGGCCCCUCGCAGCCCAACCCGCUCCUCGUUGCGGCCACAACCCACGCCUCGCAGAACCCGUACAUGCAGCAGCAGCACCACCACAACGCCGGCCACGGGUACAGCCAGACACCGACAACCAUCAAGUACGUCAAGGCGCCCGAGUACUUUCCCGAGUGGAAGGACGCGGGCUUCGAGGAGGUUGGGUUCUUGGGUGCGCAGGUGGCCGCAAAGGUCCUCUUUGUGGUUGACCAGGGCGCGAGUCAGGGCUUCUUGACAAGGGUAGAGUAUAAUGAGGGGGGCCCGUCGGCGAUACAUAAUGUCUAG